ACGGAGUGGUGGCAGUGUCAGGGAUCCUCUUGUCCGAAGUGCAUGACCUGAUCUUCACUCUGCGAAACCUGUUCUCUCCAUUCUUCCUCCCUUGCUUCGGUCGCUCCCUCGCCAAAGCUACUCAGUUUCGUGCUUGGUGUCCAAGCCAGAACGUAGUUGGCCAGUCCCAUCAAUCACACAAUUCUUAGUGCACAGACACUUAUUCGGUGUUUCAAAUUCCAAAAUGGAUAAGUUCAAGUUCAUGAUAUUGGUGGCCACCGUCGCUGCGUUCGCCUUAGUUUACUUUCCAACGGAAUCAGAGGGACAGUCUUAUUUCCGGAUGCCCUCGCCAUGGACCUAUGUUUGUAAAAACGGUACCUGCACUAAAAAAUUACGCUCAGAUUCAACAGUAAUUCAGUCCUUGGACACAUGUCGCCUUCGUUGUGGACGCUUCCGAGCUAUUUGGCCAAGACCAACAGGGGAUGUCGAGCUCAGUCGAGUUGUCGUGCCCUUCAAGCCUCAAAAUCUUCGGAUCCUUCCUGUGACUGCGCCCACGGAUAGAAUCCGAGAGUUGCUCAACAGGGUCGUUACCGAUUUCCAGAAAAAUGUGCUACGAAUGCACCCGAACCAUGAAGAAGGUGGCCCAAAUCCAUUCGAUAAGCAGUACGAUAAUGUCAUUGAAGGGACCGUGGUCCAAGUUCAGGUCGUUGUCGACGACCCAGAAGAACGAUUGACCCUGGAAACCUCGGAGGGUUAUCGAAUUGACAUUGAGACUCAAGGAAAUGUUGUGACUGCCGAGGUUCGAGGUGACACCUUUUUCGGAGCUCGUCAUGGUCUUGAAACUCUCAGCCAACUUAUCGCAUUUGACGAACAGCGAGACACUGUGCAGAUCAUUUCCGCCGGUGCUGUCAUUGAUCGUCCACUCUUUGCUUAUCGAGGUCUCAUGUUGGACACGUCCAGGAAUUUUAUUUCCAUGAAAGCCAUGAAAAAACUUGUGGAUGGGAUGGCUUACAACAAGCUGAAUACUCUUCACUGGCACAUCACGGACUCGCACUCUUUCCCCUUCUACUCUCAACGUGUCCCACAAUUGACCUUAUACGGAGCCUACACCCCUGAAAAGAUCUACUUCCCAGAGGAUAUCAAGGACUUUGUAGAAUAUUCCCGUGUUAGGGGAGUUCGCGUCAUCCCAGAACUGGAUGCUCCAUCACAUAUCAGUGGAGGAUGGCAAGGUUUGGAGAGAAGCAAUGCAGUACAACCAGGUCCAAAUACGAUCCAACCAGCCCCCGUUUCGGUGACCAGCGGAGGUCCAAUGGCCGUUUGUGUCAACGCUGAACCAUGGAACCAGUUCUGCUCGGAACCACCCUGCGGACAACUUAACCCAGUGAAUGAACAGACCUAUCUCGUUCUUGGAAAAUUAUACCGAGAUCUCCUCGGGGUUUUUGAUACCGACGCUUUCCACAUGGGAGGUGACGAUGUCAACUUCAACUGCUGGAACUCCAGUAAGGAAAUCACCGACUUUUUAUCCGCUCAACGAAGAAACCGAACCGAGCGAGAAUUCCUCCAGUUGUGGGCAACGUUCCAGAGGCGAGCUUAUGUUGAGCUGGUCAGAGCUGCUCGUGGCACAGAGUUGACGCCAAUCGUCUGGGCGUCCAACUUAAUGGUCCAAGAGAAUAUUGAAAACAUUCUCGAUCCUGAGCGAUACAUUAUUCAAUUCAGAAAUAGUGGUCGUGACCGUUCUCUGGCCGCCAUGUUGGACAAAGGCUACAGAAUCGUCUUCUCUAAUAGGGAUGCUUGGCAGUUUGAUUGUGGUUUUGGCGAUUGGAUGGGCGAAGGGCGAGGCUCCUGUGGAGGAUACAAAACUUGGCAACGCGUCUACGACAACAACCCACUCCGAGUUAUCGCUCAAUUAAACACGACGGAAGAAAUUGACCUACAACCAGGCCAAAUAAUUGGAGGUGAAGCAUCUCUCUGGACAGAACAAGUGGACGAGAUGGGUCUGGAGGCCAAGGUGUGGCCUCGAGGUGCUGCACUGGCAGAGAGGCUCUGGGCAAACCCGUUCUCAUCUUGGCGAGACGCCGCCGACCGUCUUAUCCACCACCGGGAAAGAAUGGUCAAGCGAAACAUCAACGCUGACCGUCUGCAACCCGAAUGGUGCUUGCAAAACCAGGGCCGUUGCUCAACAAACUAGGACGUUGAUCAGCCAAUUCUAAAUGCUCUUCCAUACACCGUCUUUUUUACUAUUUAGCGACAACACAAAUAAUUAUGAGGGGUCGUAGUGUAGUUUAAGAUUUAAUUAAAGAAAAUGCUCAGAUGGACACUUUUGCCAUUUUAUGACGACACUUUUUCUGACUUUCAUGACCGACAGAUAGAUGAAUGAGCGAAUGGUGCAAAUGAUGUGUUUUUGAUUAUUGCAUAAUAAAAUAGUUAUAAAACACCAGCUUUAAUUUCACAAAGUUGUACUCAAAUAACAUAUGUAAUUUGUAUCAGUUCUCAAGUUUAAAACUCUGAAUAAACGACGACAUUGAUUCCCUAA